AUGGCAGCCUACACAACAGACCACUCUUCUUCAGUCCUUCAAACACAUAACUGGCGCACUGUCGUCAACUCAGCACCAUACCUCCUGCCGCAUAUCAAGCCCAACAUGACGAUUCUCGACAUCGGCUGCGGUCCUGGCUCAAUUAGUGUGGAUCUUGCCCGCCGCGUGCCUCAGGGACUCGUUACUGGUAUUGAGUACGUCUCCGAUCCGCUGGACCAAGCACGAAGUCUCGCGGCCAGCGAGGGAGUCACAAACGUCGACUUCCGCGUCGGUGAUAUUCAUUCGCUCGACUUCCCUGACGACAGCUUCGACAUUGUACAUGUUCACCAAGUUUUGCAACACAUCGCGGACCCUGUCAAAGCACUCCGUGAGAUGCGCCGUGUUGCCAAAUCCGACGGUGGUAUAGUUGCUGCGCGCGAAUCGGCGCAAUACACAUGGUACCCAGAGAAUGCCGGAAUAGAAUCGUGGUGGAAUUUAACCGAAAAAAUGUCAAAGGCAAAGGGCUGUAAUGCCUGUUCCGGCCGGUACAUUCAUGUCUGGGCGCGGGAAGCGGGAUUCGAUCGAAAGAAGAUUCAGAAAAGCGCGGGGUCUUGGUGCUUCAGUAGUCCUGCGGAGCGCGCGUAUUGGGGAGGAUCAAUGGAGGGACGGGCGAAGUCUUCAGGCCUUUCAAAUACUGCAGUGAAAGAAGGAUUGGCGACGCAGGAAGAGUUGAACCAGAUGGCGCAAGGCUGGAGGAGGUUUAUCGAGGACGAGGAUGGAUGGUUCGCAGUACUGCACGCAGAGAUCCUUUGCUGGAAGUGA